AUCUAUUGCUUGGUCUAGACUAUGCAGUUGAUUACAAGAUAAUCUCCUGAAUAUUUCAUACAAGAAUGACAGUGCAGCAUCCAGGCAGUAAGGUAACUUGACUACCUGAGAUACAGCCUUACAAAAAGGUUACCACGCUUAUGUUCUACCUUGAAGCACUGUAAAACUUUGCAGAUAUACAGACCCUCUUCCUCACUGAAACCACCUCCAGGAUUUAAGUGUAAUCCUUGAAAGAACAGCUUUUCAAACAGCUGGCUGCUACAGAGCCUUUUUUUUUUUUUUCUCUCUCCUUCCCCUCUCCUCUUCUGAUUUCUGCGGAGUUAGGACAAAAUAUGUUGUUACAUUGCUUGCUGAGGGUAAUAACCAAAGCAAAAGGUCUGGCUAAUUAGCUUCAGCCUGUGGCUUGCUUAAAGAAGGAUCAAGCCAGGAUGGAAAUAGCUGCUAAUGCUUUCAACUCCUAAGUCAGUGCAGAAGCAGAUUGUGCAUGUGAUUGGCAUAGCUGCAUCCUAUUAGCUCUGUCGCAACUUCCAGCCAAACCUCCAGGCAACACGGAAACUCAUGCACCUGACUUCCUCUAGCUUCCUCACACCCAAGUCUGAGCAGAGAGAAGGCAGAAAAUCAUCAAGAUACUCCUUUUCAGCGUGCAACAGCAAAUACCUCAUUGUUCCUCAAAACCAUCUUUCCUUGCACAGCUGCAGUAUCAAUGGAUCUUUUGAAGCACCUAACCAUAUGGAGUCCUACAGCAGUUCUAUUAUAAACAAUUACCUGGAUGGGACCCAAGGAGGGGCUGUGGACUCUGUGAGUGGCAUGCACUUCAGGGACAGCAAGAGAAAGGUUGACUAUGUUUUAGCCUACCACUACCGAAAACGCCUUGUCCAACACCAGCAUGGGACCAGCCCACCAGAGCCAAUGAACAGGGCAGACUCCAUGGCUGUUUUUUCAAAUGGAGAGACCAAGAAGGGUUGCCUAGAGCUGCAGCCAGACCAUGGCCAGCACAUCCCGCAGGAGUCGCUGGGGGCUCAGGUGAUUGAGCUGGGCCCACUGGAUGCCCUGGAGGAAGAGAAGCGGCUGCAGAGGGAGGAGUAUGAACGCAACCUGGUGGCAGCAGGGCUAGAGAUUGAGAAAGACGCUGAGGUAAGAGUGGGAAAACUGUGUUUCCUGCACAGCACUGGGUACAUGGUGGGGCUAAUGGAUGUCUUGUUGCAGGAGAUGACUACGCAGAGGAUGUAAGCAUGGGCAGGCCAUGGUGGUGGGGCAGGAGACAGGCUGUGGCCAUGCGGCAGAGCCUGGCCUGCCACAACUCCUGCCCUGGUUUACACAUUAUAUGUAGGACAUCCUUGAUGUAUUUUAUAGGCAGUUUAAGGAGCCUAUCCUGAAGAUACCCUGUUACUAUCAGAGCAGUUGAUACUAUCAGAGUAGUGCAGAGCUGAAUGUCCCUUGAUCAAAUGCUGCUGCUGCAACUUUGAAUUCAUAAUCUUCAGAAGUAAAUUAUACGAGCUGCUUUAUACAUGCCUAAAAUACGGAGUGAGGACAAUAAGAAGAUGGAGAGAGUUGCUUAGUUCUUCUUGUGUGAAAAAUACUUGGUUGUUUAAUGUGCUGUUGAGUAGAGAUUUUGAUCUUACUUCAGUGGAAAACAUAUUUCUUUAUCUAAAUGUCCUUAUGGCUUUCAGUAAACACAUUUUUAUUGAAAAAAGAAAGUGUUUACAUUUCAAUAUUGUUAAAAGGAAGAAAGGUUAUCUUAAGUAAUUUCUUGGAAUACAAAGUGUUGUCAGGACACUUCAUAUUUCAUUUUCAGUCUGAAUCCUAACUUCUUUCCAGCUAUGAAUAAGUUUUUUGUCAUUUUCUUCAUUCCAU